ACAAUAACAUUUUUUUCUCUCUCCCAGCAAAGAGCAAAUGAUAAUAGUGAUGACGAACGAACUCAGGUUAAUUUAAGUUCGAAUCGAAUUGCUGUCUGUAUAUUUACAACCCAUCAGCUAAAGCUACGAAAAUUCGAGCGUUUCGGUGUGAAAGUGAUCCAGUGCGGUCAACGCAAUUACCGAAAAAUACGCAGCCAAAAGGACGACCGCCAACAUGAACCUACACGAGCCGGUUGAUCCGAAUAAGCCCUUUGAUGAGCUGACGCCGGAAGAAAAAAUGAGACUGGAGCACAUUAAAAUGUAUGAAAAACACAAGGGCCAUGAAUCGAUGCACAUGGAAAUGGUUGUGAUACUGCUGGUCACACUCAUAAUUGCUCAGGUAGUGCUGGUAGAAUGGAAGAAACGGCACUACAGAUCAUACUCGUUAAUGACACUACUCGCACUAUGGAUAAUCCCGUUCGUACUCAGCUUACGCAGCCAGUACUGGCGGUUUAUCUUCUUCUGGUUAAUAUUCAGCUGCAUCACCGGCUUGGUGAUGCGCAAAGCGGUACGCAAACCCAUCUCCGGCACCACACCACGGCUAGUGUACAAAUGGUUUUACUUCAUCUACAAACUCAGCUACCUGCUCGGCAUCAUUGGGUACAUCGUAAUGAUGUUCACCUUUUUCGGCGUAAAUUUCAUCUUCAAUCAGCCCCCGCACACGUGGAUGGACGUUGGGCUGCUGCUGGUAUUUUACGGUCUGUACUAUGGAGUGCUCGGCCGUGACAUAUCGGAAAUCUGUGCCGAUAAAAUGGCCUGCCACAUCGGGUAUUACACACCGAAGGGCAUACCGACGCGUCAUCUCGAGCGAAAUGUGUGCGCAGUGUGUGGCAAUCAGCUACUGACGGACGUCAACGAGUCCGGUGUGAUCGAAAACACGUACAAGCUUACCUGUGAUCAUGUUUUCCAUGAGUUUUGCAUUCGCGGUUGGUGCAUCGUGGGGAAGAAACAAACCUGCCCGUACUGCAAGGAAAAGGUUGACCUGAAAAAAAUGUUCUGCAAUCCGUGGGAGCGUCCCCAUGUACUGUACGGUCAGCUGCUGGACUGGAUCCGGUGGCUUGUGGCAUGGCAACCAUUAAUACUGUUCAUUGUGCAAGGUAUCAACUGGAUGCUCGGGCUGGAGUAAAGCAUGCAAUGCGAGCAACCGGUUCAUGUUCGUUUAUUCCAUCUCCUAUCGGACGAUUCCACUAGUCGCGCUG